AUGAUGCACAAGACGUUGCUCUCUGCCGCUACCAAAGCCACGCUUCAAGGCUCUGUUGUGGCUCGUCGGCAAUUAUCUGUCUCCAAGACUGCCCUGUCUCGGUUUUCUGCUUCCUCUCCCGGGCUGACGGCCCUGGCUUUCUCGUUGGUUUCGUCGUCCGCUGGAAUAGCUGCGCUCUGUGAAGGCAAGGAUAAGGGAUUCUUCGAGUCCAUUGCGCAAAAGGACAAGGAUGGCAACACCGAUUGGAUGAAGAGCGUCACCCAGGUCGCAGACUCGGAUUUCUGGGACAAGGUAGCCAAGGCAUCCGGAGAAAAGAUCCAAGGUGCCUACGAUACCGGAAUUCCUUCUCAACUCUCCUAUGGCUUUGUCUGUGGAUAUUGCUCUGGGUAUGCCCUGAAGACAAUCGGCAGAGGUGCUGCCGUGGUUUUUGGACUUGGAUUCAUGAGCUUGCAGACACUCUCCUACUAUGGCUAUAUUGAGGUAGACCACGCCAAGCUGCAAAAGGACUUUGAAAAGACCAUGGAUUUGAACAAGGAUGGUAAAGUGGAUCAAGCAGAUGCACAACUUGCCAUGGAUAAAAUCAUGUCCGUACUGCAAUACAGUCUCCCGGCGGGUGGUGGCUUUGGCGGUGGUUUCGUUGCAGGAGUGCGUUCCGGAUAA